UCCCUAUCACCGUGCUGUUCCUCGCGCAAUCCGAUGGGAAAGAAUCGGCACCCGGAGAUGCUCCAUUCGCGGGUUCCAUGUCGAAUUCUCAUGUCAUGUGCUCAGAGAUUAGUGCAAUAAUCACGCGGGUGUUGUGAGGUUGGAGCUUGUGAGGUGGGUUGAGGAAUGUAGGAAGGAAGGGGAGGGAGGGUUGGUUUCAGUCGAAGUUGCCCUACUAGAAUGUGGUUGCAGGUGGGUGGAGUCUUGGGGGGGUUGAGUGUGUGUCUGUGUUGAGGAUUUUCCUCGUCGGUGCAGAUUCUUUCGAGCACGUUGUUGGGAGGAUGUGGGUUUGAGAGUCUAGUUCAAUAGGAACGUGAUGGAGGAUGUGAUAAAAGUCAGAGACGGGCGGGGUGAGCUGUAGUCUAGGAGCUUUACCGACUAUUUGGGGCAAGUUCGUUAACUGUUUGUUAUGGUGCCGAUGUAGCAGUGUAGACGCAUGCCGUUGCCUUCGAAGGCGCUGCAGUUGAAAGAUUAGCUGGUGUUGUAGGAAUCGUCUAGCGUUGAAUGGGUCGAGGAAUCUAAGAAGGGCGUUCUGAAGAAUUCCGAGCUCUUGAAAGCACCGUGCCCUGACAAUAAAGAGAAGUUAAGUACACGCUUAAGUGAAUAAUAAAAUAAAACUAAUUUUUUUUGUCGAGAAUACAAGCUGCAUGAGAGUGUAGUCUGGUUAGCUUUAACCUAUUCAGUGAUCUAGUAACUAACACAGGUCCGCAAUAAAUUCUGCAGUUAUCUACCUUUGAGAAAUACAACUUGGUGAACGUCAGAGCUUUGACCAGUCUUGAGGGCUUGCCAAUUGCUGUGCUAGAACUGGAUUCUCGAUCCUUCAUUGCGGCUAUAACUGCUGCCAUCCUCACCCAAUCUGUCGACACAAUUGAAUCUAACGUAAAAUCUUAGUUUAGUACGGUUAUAGUACCACAGUAAUAGCGACUGUAUUCUUGAUCGUUGCUCCGAAUCUUUUAUGUAAUAGGCCUGGGAAUAAGUCACCACUAAUUUUGUAGGAUGACAAAGACUGCAAGAUCGUAGCAUUAAGUUAUCCUAACACUCUAACCCUGCGCCGUUGACGAGUUCCGCAUUUUAGAAAAUAAAAUAAUAGAACUUCGGUGCAGAUUGUAGAAGUCUUCCCCUCGCGCUUCACGGGAAUUUACUUUACUUUUUGUAGCAGAUGAAUCAAAUGUAACGAUAUUUCCCUGACGUGUCCCAAACAUGGAGAACCGUUCACAACUUGCUCAGCAGCAAGCUCAACAGCAACAAGAUGUGCAGCAGCAACAGCAGCAACAGACAGUGAACAAUAUGAUGGCCCAGCAGCAACCUCAGAUGCAGUACUCACAGAACAUGGGCACUCAACAACCAUACCAGGGCUCUCAGACAGUAGGAGGCCCCGAUACUUCACCAUCUCAAGGAGGUCAGAUGCAAGGGCAAUCUCCUGCAGCUUAUCCGGCUGCCUUAGCUCAACAGCAGCAGGUUCAGCUUAGUUACCAGCACCUUCAGCAGCACCACCAACAGCAGCUGCAGAUGUUCUGGGCUAACCAGAUGAGUGAAAUUGAACAGGCGAACGACUUCAAGAACCAUCAGCUGCCGCUAGCGCGCAUCAAGAAGAUCAUGAAAGCAGACGAAGACGUGCGGAUGAUUUCUGCAGAAGCACCAGUUCUGUUUGCGAAGGCCUGCGAGAUGUUCAUCCUAGAGUUGACCCUGCGAUCGUGGAUACACACUGAAGAGAAUAAGCGGCGCACGUUACAGAAGAACGACAUUGCAGCCGCCAUUACUCGCACAGAUAUCUUCGACUUCUUGGUGGAUAUCGUCCCGCGUGACGAACUCAACAAGGAAGACGGUAUCGGCGUUCCUCGGGGCACCAUGCCUGUGGGUAGUCCUGUCAGCUACGAAGGGGUGUAUUAUGUGCCGACGCCGCAAGGUCCAGUUCCUCAACCCGCGAUGGUCUCGCCUGCCAUGAUGGGCAAUCAGAUGUUUGGCGCAAGGCCGGCCAUGGCCAUGGACCCAACAGCCAUGUACCAUCCGCAGCAGCAGCAGCCGCAGCGACCGCCCAUGCAGUACAUGCAACAGCAAGCACCAAUGCAACAGAUGUGGCCGCAGCAGACAACGCAAAUGCCGCCCACUCAGCACACUAGUAUGCCGCCAAGCAGUUAACUAAACCUUUGUUCCUGAGGUUCGCAGGCGUGAGGCCGGGUUGGAGGUUGUCGUAAGGUUGCUGACAUAUCCAUCCAUGCAGACUGACGUGCGAUGGGCUUCAUUUCUGCAAACUCGGCACCCACAGAUUGUGUGAUUGCUUUGUAAUCUCCUUAAGUGAUAAAAAAAAAAGAAAAAAAAGGGGGGGGGGAUAAAAAAAAGAGGGGAAAAAAAAAGGGCAGCUUAGAGCAGUCACUAGUUUGGUCUAGGAUCGACAGACGAAAUCCUUGAGCAGGAUCUGUUGAUGUCUCUCUCUCGCAGCCUGCUUGUUGGGGCUCUGCUUGUAGCUUCCGGAACUGUAUACUAAUUCUCAAUCUGUACUCUAAUGGACUUGGAAUACCUCGUAUGAAAGCUUCAAGCCUCGACCUUA